UGGCCUGAUUGUGGCGUGCUACCAUGGCUACGUGGACGUGGUCAUCGCCCUGUCACAUUGUCCGCACCUUGAUGUAAACUGGCAGGACAACGAGGGAAACACUGCUCUUAUAACCGCAGCACAAGCAGGUCAUAUCUUCAUCUCUAACUACCUCCUCAACUACUUCCCCGGGCUGGACAUCGAGAGGAGGAACUGUCACGGCUUCACAGCUUUGAUGAAGGCGGCCAUGCAGGGCCGCGCUGAGUGUGUCAGGGCCCUCAUGUUAAAUGGCGGAGAUAUUCAGGCACGGGACAACGGCCGCAGGAUGACGCCCAGGGAGUGGGCUCUCUUCACCGGUCGAUACGAGACAGCGUACCUGAUGUACCGUCUGAUGGCAAAGCCCUGCGCUGAGCAGUUCUGCGACUCCUUCUCCCUGGAGUGGCCCAUGCUGGAGGAGCUGGUGGCCCAGGCUCAAGAACCGCAGUCCUGUUGGAGGCGUUUGCUCAACUUCCUGUCCUGCUGCCCAUAUAGGUUUUAUAUCAACAACAAGGUGAACACUUUAGAUGACGGCGUCCUCGACCACAUGGUCCGACUCACCACCUGUCUCUCCAGUCCCAUCAUUGCCACGGCUUGCCACACGGUGAGUCCCGGCAGUCCCCCGUGUAUUGGGAAGCGCCGUUACGCCGUGCCGGAGAUCCUGAGGAGGCAGCGUGUUGCCGAGCUGAAGCGCCUCGGUCCUGACAGACUAAACCACUACAAGAGAUUUUUCCAGAACUCUCGGGUCCUCCUCAUCCCCAAAGUGAAGGAUCGGAGGGCCAGCCUCCAGCCGCAGCUGCUGAGCGACGUGGCCGCCGCGUCCUCGGUGGCGUUCAGACGAGCCAGCCUGCUGCCUCUGAACAUGAUGAGGAGGAGCAGCGUGCGGCCGGGGAUCGUGGUUCCCAAAGUGAGGCUCUGCAAAGCACCGUCCCCAAGCUUCAUACCUGACAAACUGGGACACAGUGGUAACCACAACCACCUGCAGCUCCCCAAGUGGAACUACAAGAUGAAGCGGGUGGAGAGGAGGCAGGAGGAGGACAGGCAGAGACUGUUACCUCCCACACGGAGGAGAUGACGGGAGGUGCUCUACUGUGCUCACAUUGUGAGAGUAGAGCAUCCACAUCUUCAGUUUGCUUCCAUUUCUGGAUUGGUUGCCUUGUUUCUCUCUGUAGUCAUGCUGAGGGUCAAAGUAAACAUGUAAAGCACUUUAAUCCCGGUAGAUCAGGAAACCUUGACAAUAAUGAGAAUAUAAUUUUAUCAUUCUUACCAUAUUUGAUUAAAGCAAGAAAGAAGAAGCGAUAAAGAUGUUUUUGCAUGUUAAUAGUAGUCAAACGUCAUGAAAUCUUCUCUCCUUCCUUUUCUUUCAAACGUCACUUUAUCACUUACUGGUCAACAUCUGAUCAGCACACUUUGACUCUGAUUUGACUUUGAAAAAUUCAGAAAGCGUCUUCGUUCUAUCGUCAUCACUUCAUCUUAUGUCUGGCACUAACACUGGAAGAUACGGACACCCUAAGAGGACGUGCAUCCAUACUUUUAAUUUCACUUUUUGUUCUGGGGUCAUCACUAUGUUCGCUGAGUCCUGUGUACCCUCAGUCCUAUAUUUCCUCAGCCCUAUGUUCCCUAACUCCUAUGUUCCCUUGGGCCUUUGUUCCCCCAGCAUCAGGGCUCGCCCUUCUUUAAAGCACAUAACGUGUUGUUGCAUAAAAAAUAUUAUCGAGGAAACAUAGGGCUGAGGGGACAUAGGGUUUAGGGAACAUUAGCCUGAGGGAACAUAGGGCUAAGGGAACAUAGGUUUGAGGGGAAAUAGGGUUUAGGAAACAUAAGGCUGAGGGAAAAUAGGGCUGAAAGGAACAUAUGACUGAGGGAACAUACGGCUGAAGAGGACAACAACUGAAAUGAUCUCACUGUGUUACUGCGGAGUAUCGUAAAAUGUAUGGAUGCAUGUCCUCUUUGGGCUUCGGUAGGAAGAUUAUUACAUUGUUAACAUUUCAACUUUUUUGCUCACUAUAUUGACUUAUUCUCAAAAUGAAGCGUCAAAAAAUAUCUUUAAAAUCUUGCUUUCUUUCGUUCAUAACUUGGCCUAAAACACAUCUCGACAUUUGAACCUCAUUCUCAGAACGAUGAAUAAAAAAAGAACCGUCCUAUUUGUAGCCCUAAUGCUCUUUCGUGGGUUAUUCCUGCUAUUGUUUCAUGUUGAAAGUUUGUUAAGUUCAUGGCAUGGGGCAACAAA